AUGUUCAUUUUGAGUGUGCUAGAGGGGAUGGUCUUAUUGUUUUAUGUAGGAUAUUUGGUUAGAGAGUACUCAUAAUAAUAAGUACCAUUCUAUGUGAAAUUGUUAACAUACAUUUCAUGGAUCCUUUCAUUUGGAAUUGUAUUUAUCAUACCCCAUGACAUCUAUUACACAAUUAAUGAUUAUGGGGAUGGCUAUGAAUAUACUGUAAUAUUAUGGAAAUGGAUUUAUUGGGGGAACUUCAUAUUAUGCUGGUGAUAUUUAUUCAUUUAUUCGUUUUAGGCUAAUAUUACCAAUUUGUUAGGAAUAUGAAGAUGCAGGAGAAUUCACUUGUAAAGACAAAUUGAUUAGAUCUUUUAAGAACAAUUUAAUUAUUUAUGCUUAUUUUUUAUUGUUUGGUUUAAUCUUUAUUGCCUACCUAGCUAUAUUUAACAAAUUGGACUUUAAUUCAAUUUUAAAAGUGUUAGUAGCUUUGGCUUAUGCAUUGUAUUUAUAAAUUAUAUUCAAAGUGGCAUCCUGUUAGUAGUUAUAUUGUUAGGACAUGGUUUAGUUGCAAUCCCAAGAGAAUACUGGAGGAAAGCAUAAUAUCAAAAAUGCUUAAAGGCACUUUAUUUAGAGGCUGCCCAAAUCAAUCAUACUAUUUAAGAACUUUACAUCUAAUUAUUCAAUAUGACUAUUGAAUUGAUUUAAAAUAAAUAAAGCAAUCAAAAUUAACAAUUUAUAGAUUAUAUAUUGAAUGAAGUAAAAUAAAUAUAUAUAUAAAUUUAGAUCCCUUAUGAAAUAAUUGAGGAUGCUUCUCAUAAGAUAUUGGAUAUUAUUGAAGUUAAAUAACUAUCAUCUUUUUGUGAGAUUAAUAAAAAAGUUAAAAAGAAAGCUGCAGAAUAUAAGAGAGCUUAAACUAAAUGGGAUCAUAUUUGCACUGAAUGCUUUCUCUUAGAGGAUAUGAUUGAUAAUGAAUUNAUUUUAUAUAUAAAAAUUCGAAAAGAAAUUAUCUGCAAGAUUUUAUGA